AUGAAGCUCAUUUGUUUGAUUCUCGGCGCUGGAAGCGCCCCGUUCCCUGUUGACAUGAACGCGCCGAACGACAUAGUUGGCGACCUUAAGAAGGCUAUCCUCCAAGAAAAGCGCAACGACCUAGCGGGCAUCGAUCCGGACAGGCUGGAUCUCUUCCUCGCCCGUAAAGAGGAGAAGAGUGGCUGUCGGACGAGCAAGACAUCUCAUUUGCUAAAAAACGGCUUGCUAAGCCAAUCAUGGACCGAGACGGAGCUGAAUCCGCUGGACGAACUACAAGAAGUGUUUACAGCUUUACCAAAAAGAGUUGUCCACGUGCUUGUCCGGCUCCCACAGGACGUCGAGGCCAAGAUGCUCGAUGAACUGGGAUUGACGGAGGUCCGCAAGACGCGGUUGAUCAACCAAAUACGCCAUCAAAUAAAGAUCGAACAGCGUGAGGCGGAGGACGAGCGGCGUGAAGCUGAAAAAGCCGAAGAAGAGACCGAACGUAUCCGAAAGAUCCCAAUCAAGCGUAAGCGCGACUGGGAUGAACUGAACGAUGUACUCAAGUCAAAGCGUGGCAAGGACGGGAGCACGGCGUUCUCGGCCAUGGAGUACGGACAGCUGCCGAAGCGGUUCCGGACGGACGAAGGCUGCGUCGAGUCCGGUGCCUUCUACGAUCUCAUGAACAAGCCUAACGGCCUUACCGACAACACGCUAGACGAUCUUCUUAAAGAGAUUAAGAAGAAGAACCGGGUGUACCAAGAUCCGACUAGCAACGAAGCCACCCGCAUCCAGUUCAUGAGCGCGAUCUUCGAAAGCGUGGUGUACAUGUUUAAGACUGAUGAGCAGCGAGUACGACUACAAGCGCAGGCGACGUUGACCGGGAACUACGUCAGGUCGAACGGAGUGGUGGACUUCCUGAUCACGCGGGGCAAGAAAACUGUUUGCGUCGUCGAGGCCAAGGAUUGGCAAUUCAAGAAAGGGAGUGCGCAGAGCGUUCUCGGGAUGGAGGUGGCUGCGGACACCAACGAAGAAGAGGUGGUUUACGGCGUGGUCACGAACUACGCGGAGUGGCGCUUUCUGAAGCGCACGGAUGACGGCAUCGAGCGCUUUGAUGACUGUAUUCAUUACAACGGAAAGUACGAGGACGACGUCAAGCGCGUGGCAGGUCGCUUAUACGCCAUCCUGCGAGAUUAA